CGGGAGGUGAGACCGCGUUCCAAGGCAUUUCGCGCCGAACCUCCGCGCGCGACUCACGUGUCGCGACGCUCGAAGUACCGCGCGCGUACGAUCGAUACAUAUUGUUAUAAACGCUGUGCUUGUGACGUUACUCUUUAUUUAUGUGCAAUGUGCUAUGGAGUUUUUUUAUGUGUGAUCGCCCCUGAGAGGGCUCUGUAAUCAGUGUACUCUCAUUUUGGAAGUUUACUAUCAGGGCCCGGCAUGCUGAAACACGUGGCGGUGUCGCCGCACCGCGCGCGCGCAGACUCUGUCAGUCUCGCGUCUUCAGCUUCCUGCUGCAGCCUCGGCAGCCUCGAGCACCGGCACGACUCCGUCACUGAUCUGUCUCAUAGAACGACGACAAUAAAAGUGUACGCACGCUGCCUCAGGCCAGACAUUGAGUACAAAACGCUGUCGGUGACGUGGGGCACUCGGGCGCAGGAGGUGGUCUCCACACUCCUGGGCAAGUUCCGCAUGAGGCACAGAGACCCGAGGCUGUUCUACCUCAGCAUGGAAGUCAGAGUGAGGGCCGCGGGACUAAGGACCACGCUGGUCUUAGAUGAUGAUGCAAGACCUGCAGCGCUUCAGGCGUGCCAUCCCAAGGGAUAUUCGAAGUUCCAGCUUCAGAUGCGUCCUGGUGGUUUGAUCAAGAUCUACGACUCAGCGCUGAUGUCCUCCUCGCAGUACAAGUGCCUGCUGACCAGUGAGAGGACCACGGCAGACGAGGUCCUGGCCAUUUUGCUGCACUGCUACGAUUCCAAUGAGGGUGUCGAGAGGUUCUCGCUCUAUGAGGUCAGUCCCUCGCAGGAGUACGAGCGAAAGUUACACCCUGAUGACCUUCCCCUGAUGGUGCAGCGCGCCUGGCCUGUGGACAGCGACUGCCACUUCAGGGUACGGAGGAAUCCAAGAGCACCUCCCUUACCGCCCCGGAGUCUACCUCCUCCCGAAGAAACCCCCUCCGAAGACGAGGAACCUUCCAGAGCAUUAUCAGCUCUCUCCCUCGAAGCUGAAGGCGAGAAGAGAAGAUAUAGCCCCGUCUACAAGUUCCCCAGCAUCAGCUACUGUAGGGAAACCAAGAAUGACUAUUUGUACAUCUGACUAGCCGUGUACUUAGCCAGGUUUAGACGAUUAAAGUGCCGCGCCAAAGGCCGCAAGCACCUGGAUGGAACAGUGAGAAAGCGACUCUUGUGAAGUGUAAAUAACGUACAGUUUUGUGUAAAGUGUAAAUACGGAUUAUGGAUUGCUGAGGUGUUUGGUGUAAGCUUUGGGCCCUCUCUGAUGGAACGGAGUGAAUCGAUGUGGAAUUUGACAAAUGGCCCAACGUCCUUUAGGACUACGGCUUUGUUAUUAGAAUCUCCGAGUAGUUUCAAUCAGCUAGGGUUCUCAGUGAGUGUGAAACCAAAGAGUUGUUGCAAUAAUGUUUGUAAUUAACCUAAUGAGGCAGUUAUUAAUAAGUCAUAGAAAGAUCCAGAACGAUGUCAGUAUUCAGAGUUAUCUGGAAUAGUCCAGACCAGUUAACAUGACUUCAAAAUAAAUACAGGAAUAUUGUCAAGAAGUCACAAGUGAAUUGCUAGUACUAAGAUGGUCAUAGCUUUUGCCAUUGUAUUACUUAAGGCGCUACUCAAAGUAAAUGGUAGACAGAGCCUAUAUUUUGUAUAUUUGUGAUGUAGAAAAUGCUUAAAUGCGAUUUUUAUUAGCAAUGAGGACAUUAUUGUUCGUUAAAUGUGAAAAAUUAAAACCAUAUUUUUGUAUGAGGAAUAGAGCUAAAAUAGUGUUUUAUGUACCUAAAGCAAAUCUCUCUGGUGUAGGUACUAUUUUUGCUAGAAAAAUCAAACUAUAUUCUGGAUAUUUCUUAAUUUAUAUUUGUAUAAAAUCUCCGUAAAAUGUUGCAACUAUUAAAAUGUAAUUCUAUGAGAAUGUAUAUAAUUAAUGUAUUAUUUAGCUAGUAGACACCAAAGAGGCACGCGAGCGAUAAUAUUAUGAAGAAUUAGAUUUAUUUAACAACUGUUACGCGUUUUAAUGUUUAAUUUAUUUAAUAUGGCUGCCUGACGGGCGCCAGUGACAUGUUGAACAUCAUCGAAUUUACUUCAAACACGUCUAAUAAACUGCGAUAUGUUUUUGAAAA